AUGCGCAACUUAUAUGCUUUAACCUUACUGCUUAUAGCAGUUUCUGCAAGCAGCAUACUUGGUGCCAACUUGGAUAGUCGGCAAUAUGUUCCUCUAUCAGUUUCAGCUAGGGAUGCGGGAACUCCUUGCCUGACAACAACUCCGCCAUGUGUUAACACUCGCCCGCCGUGCUCCGGAAAUGCUCAGCCUACAACAACUACCCCUUCUGUUACCACAAAGCCGCCAUGCACCGAAGAGGAGGAUAAAACAACAACAACACCGUGCAGCACAACAACAACAACAACGACCACAACUACAACGACAACUACCAAAACAACAACGCCUACAACAACCACAACAACUACAACCACGACAAAAACCACAACGACGACAACAACGACAACAACUACAACGACAUCAACCACCACUACGAAAACAACGACUACAGCUACAACGACUUGUAGCACAACGACAACAACCACAACUACGACAACAACUACAACGACAACAACUACAACGACAACAACCACAACUACGACAACAACCACAACUACGAAACCAACGACUACAACUACAACAACUUGUAGCACAACGACAACAACAACAACUACGACAACAACGACAACAACUACAACGACAACAACCACCACUACGAAAACAACGACUACAGCUACAACGACUUGUAGCACAACGACAACAACCACAACUACGACAACAACGACAACGACAACAACUACAACGACAACAACCACAACAACCACAACUACGACAACAACCACAACUACGAAGCCAACGACUACAACUACAACGACCUGUAGCACUACGACAACAACAACAACUACGACAACAACGACAACGACAACAACUACAACGACAACAACUACAACGACAACAACUACAACGACAACAACCACAACUACGAAACCAACGACUACAACUACAACGACCUGUAGCACUACGACAACAACCACAACUACGACAACAACCCCAACGACAACAACUACAACGACAACAACCACAAGUACGACAACAACCACAACUACGAAACCAACGACUACAACUACAACGACCUGUAGCACUACGACAACAACCACAACUACGACAACAACCACAACGACAACAACCACAACUACGACAACAACCACAACUACGACAACAACCACAACUACGAAACCAACGACUACAACUACAACGACUUGUAGCACAACGACAACAACCACAACUACGACAACAACUACUACGACAACUACCACAACUACGACAACAACGACAACAACUACAACGACUUGCAGCACAACGACAUCAACCACAACAACGACUACAACUACUACGACAACUACCACAACUACGACAACAACCACAACUACGAAACCAACGACUACAACUACAACGACUUGUAGCACAACGACAACAACCACAACUACGACAACAACUACUACGACAACUACCACAACUACGACAACAACGACUACAACGACUUGUAGCACAACGACAUCAACCACAACUACGACUACAACGACAACAACUACAACGACUUGCAGCACAACGACAUCAACCACAACAACGACUACAACUACUACGACAACUACCACAACUACGACAACAACGACUACAACUACAACGACUUGUAGCACAACGACAUCAACCACAACUACGACUACAACGACAACAACUACAACGACUUGCAGCACAACGACAUCAACCACAACAACGACUACAACUUCUACGACAACUACCACAACUACGACAACAACCACAACUACGAAACCAACGACUACAACUACAACGACUUGUAGCACAACGACAACAACCACAACUACGACAACAACUACUACGACAACUACCACAACUACGACAACAACGACUACAACGACUUGUAGCACAACGACAUCAACCACAACUACGACUACAACGACAACAACUACAACGACUUGUAGCACAACGACAUCAACCACAACAACAACAACAACCACAACAACGACUACAACUACAACGACUUGUAGCACAACGACAACAACCACAACUACGACAACAACUACUACGACAACUACCACAACUACGACAACAACGACUACAACGACUUGUAGCACAACGACAUCAACCACAACUACGACUACAACGACAACAACUACAACGACUUGCAGCACAACGACAUCAACCACAACAACGACUACAACUACUACGACAACUACCACAACUACGACAACAACGACUACAACUACAACGACUUGUAGCACAACGACAUCAACCACAACUACGACUACAACUACAACGACUUGUAGCACAACAACAUCAACCACAACAACGACAAAAACCACAACAACGACAACAACUACAACGACUUGUAGCACAACGACAACAACAACCGAGUGUAUUACAACAACACCAAAAACAACAACCUGCAGCACAACAAUCACAGUUACAACCGAUUGCAAUACAACAACACCCCCGUGCACAACCACAACAAAGUGUCCAGGAGGAGCAGCAGCGACAAAAGCUAAGCAACCUUUCCGUGCCCGACCUAGCUUCCGUCCACUCAAAGAAGUUACUCAACUUAUGAAUGGAGUCUCAUCAACGGACGACCAAAUUCAAUUCAUAUGCGUUGGAAAGCCCAACGGUUUUCUACUGGCCUCCCCAACCCGCUGCAACGACUACUAUAUCUGCCGCCACCAACAGCCACUUAAGGUCAGCUGUGGUGACAAGUACUUCAAUGGCCAGAAGGGCAUUUGUGAUCUUCCAGAGAACACAGGAUGUGUUCAGCACUAA